AUGCCAUCCAGACAAAAAACAGGCAUGUUUGUUUCUGCUUUUUUCACCUGUGUUUGCUCUUUUGUGAUGAUUUGUGUGGUGCUGGCGACCCAGCACUGGAUGAGUAGCAGGAUCCGCUUCUCUGGCACAAACUCCAGUGUUACUGUCAGUCUCACCUAUGGACUUUUUAGUGGUACCUGUGAACAGCUAUUCGAAGCAGGACUCCAGGUUUCAGAAGAGAAUUUCCAAGUUGCAGAGCACCUGACAAGCACCACUGUGAAAAGCAUGAACAUCGCCAUCAUUGUCCUUAUGGUUCUCAGUUUACUGAGCUCCCUUCUGAGUUGUGGAUUUACCUGCACCAAUGCUGUCAGUAAUCCCUACCAGACAUUUCUGGGACCCAUUGGAGUCUAUACCUGGAAUACCUUGUGCGGAAUCCUUGCAUUUAUAGCCAUGGUACUUUUUCCUGUGAACGUAGAAGUCAACAGCCUGUCUGUGGAGCUGGCCCGCGUAUGUUCUUCUUUACUGCAGACACACACUGACUCUACACACAUGUAUGGAUACUCCUACUGGAUCAUGCUGCUCAUUAUCUUUCUGAACAUUUGUUCUAUCAUCAUCAUUUAUUUCUAUGACCAUGCAAGAUAUUCUAAGAAGAAAGAGCAGGAAAGACCUAUUGAAAAUGCACCAAAAGAUGUCAUUCUGUUUUAG